UACAGUGUGGACAUUGAAGAUGAAUAUCAGAUGUGCAAAGCCUGACGAUCUCAUAAAUAUGCAACAUUGUAACUUACUGUGUUUGCCAGAAAAUUACCAGAUGAAAUAUUAUUUUUAUCAUGGAUUAUCAUGGCCACAGUUAAGUUAUGUCGCUGAAGAUGAAAAAGGUCAGAUUGUUGGCUAUGUGCUUGCCAAGAUGGAAGAAGACAGUGAAGAUAACCCACAUGGGCACAUCACAUCUCUUGCUGUGAAGCGCUCACAUCGAAGGCUUGGACUGGCACAGAAACUUAUGAACCAGGCUUCGAGGGCAAUGGUAGAAUGUUUCAAAGCAAAGUAUGUUUCACUUCAUGUGCGUAAAAGCAAUCGAGCCGCCCUAAACCUGUAUACAACAACAUUAAAAUUUACAGUCUCUGAAAUUGAGCCCAAAUACUAUGCAGAUGGAGAAGAUGCAUACGCAAUGAAGAGGGACCUAACACCCCUUGCAGCACAGAACAGUACUGUUACAGAUGUUGAUUUGGUUUCAUCACAAUAUGUUGCUGAGGGUGGUAUUAUUACUGAAAGGCUGUAAGUUCAGUAGCUGUUAAGUGACUGAAAACUAGUGAUUCCAGUCUUAAUGUAAAAUAUGUAAUAGACUGUUGUGUACUGUUGCAAUCUACUGUGGCCAGACUUUCAGUCACACUGAAUUUGAGAUGAAAACUGCAUGAGAAGGGAAUAGCUAAUAUUGUUAAUGGCAUUUGUAAACAUCUUGGAAACAUAAAAACUGUAAAUUUAUAAGCAGUGUUCAGAUGUUGUGCAAUACCAUUUUAUUAUAAUGUGACAUUUUAUAACAAUCCAAAUAUAUUACUCAUGAUUGUA